AUGCGUGCUGAGGCAGAAACAUCAUCUUCUACACGUGUGCGCGCUCGUAUUCCGAUACGAGAACCACGCGAAUACCGAUUUGUGCCCGUGGUCAAGAAUCCUGUGAUUGCGGAGUCGAAAAGGAAGCCGAAAUAUACUGGCGUCUAUAAACGUCUCAAUCGAACAAUGACAGCACUUUCACGUAACAAGAGUUAA